AUGUCUUCACUUGGAAACGUGCUCGUCGUCCUCGGAUCUGGCCCGGGGAUUGGUCUCGCCACAGCGAAGCUUUUUUCGAAGAACCGCGCCUUUGCCAAGAUUGCUAUGGUCUCGCGCAAUCCCGAACGCCUUGCCCAGGAGGCUGAAGAGGUGAAGGCUGCAGGUGGCGGCAAUGUCGAGGUCACCGCAUACCCGACCGAUCUAGGCAAUAUCGCUCAACUGCGCAAGACCCUGGCCCAAAUCGAGCAGCUUGGUCCCGUAGGUACGAUAUUCUACAACGCCGCUCGGAUCAACCCCACGGAAGUUCUCAGCACUUCUGUCGACGAGCUCGAGGAAGACUUCCGCAUAACCAACUCGGGUCUGUAUGUGACCGCACAAUGGGGCAUCCCUCUUCUCCAGAAGUCUGGCCACCAUGAGCCGGCUUUCCUUGUCACCAACACAUUUCUUGUGGAGAGCCCAUUGCCGUUCCUGCUCUCGUUGAGCGCCGUCAAGGCCAGCCAACAGAACAUGGUUCAAAAUCUCCAUGCUUUAUUUGGCGGAGACAUCCACUUUGCGCUCUUCAAGAUCCUGGGAGUCGUAAGCCCGGACACCCCAAGCUGCAAUCCCGACAACAUCGCUAAGACAAUCGUCCGCACUGCAGAGCAGGUGAAAGGGACAUGGGAGCUGAUGGUAGAGAUACCCGCUUGA